GUGCCUCUGAAAUUUCUGAGGAGAUAAAGUGGUUGGAAUUGAGCAUAACACCAUGGCCAGCCACAUGGAAGAGGACAUUCUUGAAAAGGAUUUCAAGAUGUUACUAUCUUUAGGUUCUGGUUCAUUUGGGGAGGUGAAGCUGGCCUGCCACCUUCCCACACAUACACGAGUGGCUGUCAAGGUCCUGGAGAAAAGCAUCAACAGUGUGGCUGACAUCAGCAGUGAAGUAAACAUCCUUCAGUCUGUAGAACACAGGAACAUCGUUCGAUUUUUUCACAUGAUCGACACACUGACGACCACUUACAUGAUCAUGGAAUAUGUGGCAGGCAUAGAUCUGGAGAGCUGCGUCAGGGCAGCGGGCUGUCUAGAGGAGGAGGAGGCUAGACCGCUUUUCCAGCAGGUUGUGUCAGCAGUGUACUUCCUCCACCAAAGACACAUCGUGCACCGUGAUAUAAAAUUAGAAAACAUCUUACUGGACACAGCAGGAAACGCCAAGCUGUGUGACUUUGGUAUGGCAACUAAAGUCACCGAGGGGCAGAUGUUGGAGGAGAUCUGUGGUUCCUUGCUCUAUUGGGCCCCAGAGAUCUUGGCAAGGAAACCCUAUGAUGGAAUGGCAGGUGACAUGUGGAGCCUGGGUGUCGUUCUCUACGUCCUGGUAACAGGGCACUACCCAUAUGUAGAAAUCACCCCUGAUGGUAUGCACAGGCUCAUCACCACCACAAUGUGUCCCAAUCUCCACCAUCUAUCAAAAUCAUGUCACAUCAUCCUGGCACGUUUACUCAUGGUCCCCACCGGGUACAGAAUAACAAUAGGUCAGCUUGUGGAACGACCAUAG